AUGACUAGAAACUCUAAGGAUUAUUCAGAGGCUUCGAUUGAGGCAGAAGAAAUACAUAGGACUGGUUUGAAGUCGUUGAAAGACGAGAUGCAUGAUCCUUCAAAGCAGUCAACGUCUGAAGAGUUUGACUCAGAGGUAAUUCAAAUGACGGUAUUGGCCUCACAGCAAUCAUUGAAUAAUGAAGUCUCUUCAAGAGUUUACAUCGAAGAAAAUGAAUCAAAAUCUAAAAAAAUCAAGAACACAAUUAAGAAAUAUCUUAAAUUUGUAGGCCCUGGUUUACUAGUUAGUGUCGCGUACAUAGAUCCAGGUAAUUAUUCUACUGCAGUGACAUCUGGUGCUCAAAAUCAAUAUACCUUACUGUGCGUUGUAUUACUUUCAAAUUGUAUUGCCAUUUAUUUGCAAUGUUUAUGUAUUAAGUUGGCUUCAGUCACAGGUUUAGAUUUAGCAAGAGCAUGUAGGACUCAUUUACCUAGAUGGGCAAAUAUCAUCCUUUAUUGUUUCGGAGAAGCGUGUAUCAUUUCUACUGAUAUCGCUGAAGUCAUUGGUACUGCUAUCGCUUUGAAUAUUUUGAUCAAAGUACCUCUCCCUGCAGGUGUCGCUAUUAGUAUCGUUGAUAUUUUUAUCAUUAUGUUGGUCUACAGGCCCGGUGUAUCAUCAAUGAAACUGGUUAGAAUGUUUGAAAUCGGUAUCGCAGGGUUAGUGUUGGCUGUUUUCAUUUGUUUUACUGUGGAACUUUCUUAUAUACCAUUUACCGUUGAACAAACAAGAAAAAUAUUUAGAGGAUUUGUUCCUUCCAGGGAAAUGUUCCACAACAGUGGUAUGUAUAAUGCAAUUUCCAUUUUAGGUGCCACUGUUAUGCCCCACUCUUUAUUUUUAGGUUCUGGUAUUGUUCAACCAAGAUUACUUGAUUAUGAUUUGAAACACAAUAAUUACUCUAUAAAUACAGACCCAGAUUUCGAGGAUACUGAAGAAGAUCAUACAAAGUACAACAAAGAAGCAAUGAAAGAGGAAAAGUUUUUGAAUUAUGCUCCUUCAAUAGGCGCAAUCAAAUAUUGCAUGAAAUAUUCCAUGAUAGAAUUAGGUUCAACUUUAUUGACUGUUGCAUUUUUUAUCAAUUGUGCUAUAUUAAUCGUCGCAGGUUCAACGUUAUAUGGCACUGAUCAAGCUAUUGGCGCAGAUCUAUACACAAUCCAUUCUCUGUUGUCAUCCACAAUAUCUAAAGGUGCUGGUACAAUUUUCAUGCUGGCAUUACUCCUCAGUGGUCAAUCUGCAGGUAUUGUCUGUACGAUGGCUGGCCAAAUAGUUUGUGAAGGUCAUAUCAAAUGGUCGGUUGUUCCAUGGAAGCGUAGAUUACUCACAAGAGGAAUUUCUAUUAUUCCAUGCUUAAUUAUAUCUAUAUGCAUCGGAAGAAGUGCGUUAUCGAAAGCAUUGAAUUCCUCACAAGUUGUACUAUCAUUAUUAUUGCCUUUUAUUGUAGCCCCACUUGUCUAUUUUACUUCUAGCAAGAAAAUUAUGUCAUUAAAGGUACCAGUGAUGAAUAAACGAAAUGAGGAAACCUCCAAAAGUUGUGCAGAUGCAGGCAAACAGAACGACUUAACUGAUCCAUCAUUUCAGGAGGCCAGAAACGAUGGCACUGAUAUCGACUGCAGCGUCAGGAGUGAAAAUAUUACCCCGAAUAACUCUGAUGUUCAAGGCGAAGAAGAUAAUGAAUACACUAUGGUCGACAUGUCAAACAAUUGGGCAAUGACUAUAGUGAGUGGCAUAGUGUGGAUAUUCUUAUCACUUUUAAACGUCUAUGCAAUAGUUGAGUUAGGUAUUUCCCACGGUGACAUAUCCUAA